GCCACCUGUCAGUGUCUAUCAAUGCCACCUUUAAUUGCCCAUCAAUGCCACCUGCCAGUGCCCAUCAGUGCCACAUAUCAGUUCCUACCAGUGUACAUCAAUGCCACAUAUCAGUGCCCAUCUGAGCUGCCUUUCAGUGCCACCUAUCAGUGCCAGUCAGUGCCGCCUAUCGCUGCCAAUUAGUGUCACCUAUCAGUGCCAUGACCAUCACUGCAGCCUAUCAGUGACCAUCACUGCAGCCUAUCAGUGACCAUCACUGCAGCCUCAUUAGCGCACAUCAGUGAAGGAGAAAAAUCACUUAACAAAAUUUUAUAA